AUGAAUUACGUACAGUUAUUAAUUGACAAAGAAAUCGCCAGUGCUGGACUAAAUGAUCAAGAAGCUUUAGAAAUUAUAAAUGACAAUUGGAUUCAAGAAGCUCGUUCUCAUGCAAUCCUCUACAUUCUCAGAACAGGGCAAGAAUUUCGAUUUAGUAUACAAACAGUUUACACAUCAGUGAUAUAUCUGAACAGAUUUCUCACCACCCGAACAAUAACUAAUGGAUUGUACUGGGCAAUGAGGUUAUUAUCAGUAGCCUGUUUAUCAUUGGCUUCAAAAAUGGAUGAAAACAGAGAAACGGUGCCCGCAUUAUCAGAAUAUCCAGUGAUAAAUUACAACUUUAAUACGAGUUUUAUACAGAGAAUGGAGAUUUUACUUCUUAAUGUACUUGGUUGGAAUAUGAGUUGUGUCACUCCUUUUGCUUUCAUAAAAUACUUUGUAUCAAGAUUCUGCAGAGAAAAUUCAAGAAAACACUCUACUAGAAUCAAAACUGUUCAAAUCAUCAUGAGUGUACUUGGAGAUGUGAGGUUAAUGAGUCACAGGCCGUCUGUAAUAGCAGCAGCUGCAGCAUUAUUAGCAGUAAACGAAGACUUGACUAGAGAAGAAGUGGAGAAUGAGAUAUAUGUCUUGCAUUUAAAUGGAUUUCUUGAAAUUGAUAAUGUGUGGUACUGCUAUUAUAAAUUGCUAGAGCUGAACUAG